AACCAAGGGAGGCCAUGCGAACGGGGCUCUGAUUCAAAUGCCAAACCCGCUCUAAAUCCGUCGCUCCAAAAAACGAUGAGUGCAGACCCAUAGGCGCACAGACACACUCGCUGUUCCGAGCCCUGGCUUUCCAAAGCACCUGGUCACCGUGGGAGCAGCCGUUGGCAUGGAGACCGUGGUGAUUGUGGCGAUCGGGGUGCUGGCCACCAUCUUCCUGGCGUCCUUCAUCGCCCUGGUGGUGGUGUGCCGCCACCGACACUGCCAGCCCCCAGACCUGCUGCAGUCUGAAACCAAACCCACUGUUGAUCUGAUCGGCGCCAUGGAAACUCAGAGCGAGGCGUCGGAGGUGGAGCUGGACGAUGUUGUCAUCACCAACCCGCACAUCGAGGCCAUCCUGGAGAACGAGGACUGGAUCGAGGACGCCUCAGGUUUAGUGUCACAUUGCAUCGCCAUCUUAAAGAUUUGCCAUACCCUGACUGAGAAGCUUGUAGCCAUGACGAUGGGUUCGGGGGCAAAGGUCAAAGCCCCCGCCAGCCUCAGUGACAUCAUCACCGUGGCCAAACGCAUCAGCCCCAGGGUGGACGAUGUUGUGAGAUCCAUGUACCCACCUCUGGACCCAGUACUCCUCGAUGCCAGGGCCACCGCCCUCCUGCUGUCAGUCAGCCACCUGGUGCUGGUGACCCGUAACGCGUGUCACAUGGCGGGCAGCACCGACUGGAUCGACAUGUCGCUGCACGCCGCUGAGGACCACAUGGUGGCGCUACGAGAGGCGGCACUGGCUUCCGAACCCAACCUCACCCCUCCAGGACCUGAGACCUUCCAGAAGGAGCAGGCCAUCUAGGCCCCCGGUAACCGGUGUCUAGAUCUGCUAUC